GUUCGCGGGGUCCAAUAUCUUCUGUUGUUUGUGUAAUAAUCUUUAGAUUUUGAAACAAUAUUAGUAGUGGGAUUGUGAUGAGCUAUGAUACAUUUACUGACGCCAAGUUUGUUUAGCUCACAAAGCAGUGGUUUCAUUUGAAUGAAAUUAUCUCAUUCUGUUUACAAACUAAGGAUUUACUGGCUUAAAAUACCUCUGAAGACCUCGACAAUGCUUCGCAGCUUAUUCUUGUAUCUUGGAAUUUGUGCUUUCAUAAGCAAAGUUUCUGAUACGGCAAAUGUUUGGCAGAGAUCAAGGGUCUUGCUUGUUGCAGACCUUGGCUCUUCGAUAAUUGAUGCUGAAAAGCUGCAAACGUCUUUCACAGGAACAGAUCAAACCACUUUACCGAAUGAAUUUGUUAUCCUUCAGCGAGCACGAGAUGGCGGCUUUGAAUCUCACGGCUCAUUUAAGUCAUUGACAAAAGUACAAGAUCGGAAAUACACUUCUGUUAGAAAAGAAAACAUUCUUCCAUGGCUGUUAGAAAAGAAGCCAAAUUUUGUGAUUUGUGUGGCAGAUAAUGCAGAGGUUCCACAGAUUUUGACUUCUGCACAGAUCAGAGGUUUGUUACCCUUGGAAACCAGACUAACAAUAUGGAUGGUUGGGGAUAAUGGGAAGGCAGCUGACAAAAUGAAUUUGAUUUCACUUAGAACACCCAGACUCACGGACCUCGAUUCAGUGAGAAAUGAUGGAAAUCGUCUAGAGUCAAGAGAAAUCAGCUCCUCUUCUGGACGAGAUUUUGGAAACAUCAUUUUAGAAGCGUUUCAGGAAGAAUACAACCGCGUUCAUAAUAGAAAGAGAAGGGCCGCUCGAAGUGUACCUUAUGCUAUCCCAUCAUCUUCAAGCUCAGGCCCUUUAGUUAGUGCAGCGUCUUCAAGCUCCAAAUCUACAAUUUUACCUGUACCUUCGAGUUCAAGUAAUGCAGUUAGUAAAGUUAGCUCGAGUCCACCAGUUAUUCCAGCACUUACAAGCUCAAGCCCUGAAGUUGGAGCAUCGUCUUCAAGCUCAAGUCAUACAGUUGUAGCAGGGUCUUCAAGCCCAAGUCAUACAGUUGUAGCAGGGUCUUCAAGCCCAAGUCAUACAGUUGUAGCAGGGUCUUCAAGCUCAAGUCAUACAGUUGUAGCAGGGUCUUCAAGCCCAAGUCAUACAGUUGUAGCAGGGUCUUCAAGCCCAAGUCAUACAGUUGUAGCAGGGUCUUCAAGCCCAAGUCAUACAGUUGUAGCAGGGUCUUCAAGCCCAAGUCAUACAGUUGUAGCAGGGUCUUCAAGCCCAAGUCAUACAGUUGUAGCAGGGUCUUCAAGCCCAAGUCAUACAGUUGUAGCAGGGUCUUCAAGCUCAAGUCAUACAGUUGUAGCAGGGUCUUCAAGCCCACGUCCUACAGUUAGAGUAGCAUCCUCAAGCUCUAGGUCUACAGCUUUACCUGCACCUUCGAGCUCAAGUCAUGCUUUUAGUGCAGCAACUUCAAGUUUUACUCCUGUAGUUCUUCCAGCAUCUUCAAGCUUAAGUCGUUUUGUCACUCAAGUAACAUCAGGCUCAAGCCCUGAAAAUACUGUGGUAGCUUCAAGCACACGCCUGACAGUUACGACAGCACUUUUAAACACAAGUCCUGUUCGUAGUGCAGCAUUUUCAAGAACAAGUCCUUUUGUCAGUGAAGCACUUUCAAGCAUGAGUCCUGUUAUCAGUGCAGCACCUUCAAGUUCACGCCCUACAGUCACUAUAGAACUUUCAAGCACAAGUCUCGUUGUAAGUGCAGCACUUUCAAGCUCAAGUGCUUUCGUUAGUGGUGUUCCUUCAAUUUCAGCCUCAGCAAUUCCCUCAGCCUCUUUUACUUUAAGUACUGCAGUUGGUGGUAACACUUCGAGUUCAAGGGUUAAAGGUACCCCUACAUCGUCACGUUCAAUGCGCACAGUUAGUCCAUCCAUUUCAGCCGCUAUCUCUGCAACUGGAUCAGUAAAUACAGUGACAAGCUCUUUGGUUGGUUCAACGAUAUCAAAUACAAUGGCUUCAGAAUCGAUUGUGUUGUCUGUUAUCUCACCAACAACCACUGCGAGACAACCAACCCCUUCAUCUUCACACGUAGUGACUGAACAACCACCUGUUUAUAAAAAUGAGACCGUUGUUAUCGUGUUUGAUGGGGAUUGUAAUUACCUCAAGAGCAACAGCGAAAGGGAGAACGAAUUUCGAAAGGCAGUACAGGAAAAAGUCUCCAGUAAACUUAGUAUUCCGAGAUCAGAAAUUGUGGUCGGAGAUGUCGUAUGUGGUUCAAUUCGAGUUCCUAUAACUUUCUAUCAAUCAAGCGGAUUAAGAAAUGUGACACAAGUUUUGAAGAAAAUUGUUGACAGCGGAAACUUUAGCUUAACUGUAAGAGGCAAAACAUUUAAGGCAAGUAAGUUGGAGGUGGUUCGUCCGACGUCACCAGUUACCCAAGCGCCAACAACCGAGGCCAAGACUAAUAAAAUUGUGUUUUACCUUUACAUAGGAUUUGGUAUUUUGAUGGCUUUUGUUUUCUGUAUCGGCGUCUGUGUGUUUGUUGUCCGAUGUCGCAAGGAUCGACGCGGGGGCAGCUUUUUCCUUACCAACGACACAAAUUAUGAACUAAGGCGAUUUCAUGGUAUCCCUCGUGCGAGCUCGUACUCCAGGAUGAACUACUAUGGAGAACCUGUGGAAAUAGAUGCGACAACCGCUGAUCCCAACGCUGAGGAUGAAUUUGAAGCAGGAGCUGGAGCCUAUUCUUACAAUAGGUCGCCUGCUAGAGGUCGUGGUAAACUAACUGGUACAACCAACGGUGAUGCUUAUCAGGGAGACAAGUUUAAUGUUGGUGCAUUGGGUAUGCCGGAGUGGAACCUCCCAAGGCUGUCGGACAAAGAAGUGACUGUUGCUGAAUCUGAAGAAGACAUUCCCAGGUCAGCGGGUUCGGUUGGAAGUCGUCAACUCUUGAUAGAUAGUCCGAAAAGUUCCUUGGCUGAUUCAGCGCAAGCUUAUGAUAAUCCUGUUCUUACCUUUGGCGACUGUCAGCCAAGGUUGGGUAAGGAAGAAAAUCAGAGCUAAAUAAGGAAGCAAGGAGUUUUUGUGUCGUUAGGUUUCUUAUGUAGCGCUGUGUUUCAUCACUGAGGAAGCUGUUAAUCCUUCUGGGUCCGUGUGGCUCAGUAAGCAGCCUUUGUUCAAGACUUAGUUUGUGCACCUGUAUAAUUACUAGAUGAUCAUGCUAUUUCGAAAUUCAAAAGGGCGUUUAUCUUCCCUUCGAAAGUGGAUUGGAUACAUGUGGGUUCACCAAUCAAUAUAAAUUGAAAUAAGUGAGGUGUCGAUGCUCUAUCGUACUUAACUGCUCAGUUCGCCAAACGAUUCUGAAGAAGCGGUCUGAACCGAUUGUUAGUCACUUAGUCAGUUGACUGUUAUAUUAUACCAAUCAUGGGACGAGUUUAUAACAAAAGAAUCAGCUUGAAGUCGUUGCACUGUAUAAACCUCACUUUUUUAUUAAUUACCACAUAACUUUGACCAAUACGAAAACAUCGUGACUUCAUUAUGUAACAGUUGAAUGCAGAAAAAUGUAGCAUCUGACACAAGGACACCGAUGUUUCUUAACUAAUCUGAGGGUUAUUUAAUUUUGGUAUAUAUUAGAUAAGUAAUACAGAGAGAAAUUGCUAAGCGACCACUUUGUUACUUUAUAGUAUUUGAAUAAAGGAAAUUGCAUUUUUUUUU